AGCGAUUGCAUGGUUUCGUCUACUUCGUUUCUUUGUCCCUUCAUGAUCAGUGAAGUGGUUUCACAGAAAAACAAGUCCGAUUGACUCCGCAUGCUAAUUCAAGGCAUCGCUCUUGCGCGCGUAGGACAAUGUUUCAUGUCAGGCGGAGAGAAAUUCUUCGUUGUAGCAAUUUAUCUCCGUGAAAAUCUGACCGUCAAAAGAUAUAUUGUUACCCAGCCUGGAGCAGAUAGAAGGGUGUGUCGCUCUGUUUCUGUCGCUUUUUGUUUCUUAUACGGAGGCCAGGUAUUCAUUGCCCAGAAAGAUUUCGACCUUACAAAAGCCAACGAGGCAGUCUCAUUCCUUCGUGAGAUGUACAACCUCGCGGAGGAGCUCAAUGAUUUAGCGGGCAAACUUGAACCAAAGAACGAGAAACGGCUUGGCAACAUCAGGGUUGCCGCGUCCAAGGUGAUUUCUCUUACAUCACAGGCUCAGCGCAACAAAACACCGAGAACGACAUUCGCGUCCAUCCCUGAAGAAAAUCGUGAAACCAGUGGCACUCAGGAUGAUCUUGGCGUCCUUGAUACUGAUGACAUUCAAGGUAUUCUGAAAAAGAUGGAUUAUCAGAUCUCGUUCAUUGUGUUUGGGCAUCCGUUCCUCGCCUUGGUGUCAAAUAUUGAGGAUGAUUCUCAACAAGGAUAUGUCAAAUUCUUGAAAGAGGGGCAACAGGAGAUCGAAAUCCUGCGAUACCUCACGGGGAUUGACUCUCCCUCAAACUACACCAUCUCGCCAGUCCAAAUCUGGCCGGUGCAAGGGGGUAACGUCGUAUCAAUGCCUACAGCUGCCAGCCACCUUACCAGUCUAUCCAACCCCGGCGUGCACCUAUGGCCUGUGGCCAAGCAGCUAUUCGAAGCUGUUGACUUCAUGCAUCAGCAUGGCGUGGCGCAUCUGGAUCUGAAGCCUCCAAAUAUCCUCGUCCCCAUCGACGGCGGCCGCCUUUCUAUCAUCGACUUCAACAGUUCCGUACGCAUCACGGGCACUGAAACAAUGUUCCGCGGAAUUGUUGGCACCACGGGAUAUCUUGCGCCUGAAGUCGCGGCUGGUCAAGGCCUUUACAGCGCGAUCCACGCAGACUUGUGGUCUUGUGGAAAGACAUUGGAGGAGCUGUGCUACCUGUGCAGUCCAUCCAGGGAUCGCAAUGCGCUACUUGAAAUAGCUCGAGAGCUCAUGAAUGACGACCCAAAACAGCGACCGAUGAUGUUAGAUGUCUUGAAAAGGCUGGUGUAUUACAAGGUCGAUGCCAAUACAGGACCAGGUUACUUCAGGUAAUGUGCUCCAUCCUUGGCGUGUAUCAGAAGAUAAUGCGAAGAUAAUUGGAUGGACGACUCGAUGGCCCAAACGCACUGUAUGCCAGUUAUACCCUUGUGUAGAAGUAGGAAUGUUGGUCAUACCGCAAUGUACCUAUACCUUUCCUAAUUUCCUUUGUCAAAUGAUCUUGGCUAGCCAAGGUUUCUUAAUUCA